GGCCCCAUUGUCUGCCUCUUUUCCCCUUGAUGAGUUUCUGCCAUUAGACCCAAAACCAAAACCCCUAUAAAGCCCUAGAAACAAAUUCAAGUCGUAGACGAAGAUGUUGCGAGGGCUCAGACAAUUCACUGAAAGAAGAGGAGACGGUGCCGGAGAACCAGUUCUCAACACCGACAAUGGCGAGGAGAUUAUGCACGUCCAGCCCAGCGUUGCCAUCGUCAUAGGCAACCGCUCCCCAGAAUCACCCGGCACUCUCUAUAUCUCCACUAAGAAAGUGGUGUGGUUGAGUGAUGUGGAUAGGGCAAAAGGUUAUGCGGUUGAUUUCUUGUCUCUGUCUCUGCAUGCAGUAUCAAGGGAUCCAGAGGCUUACCCCUCUCCUUGCAUAUACACUCAGAUCGAGACAGAAGAUGAUGGAGAUGAGUCAGAUAAUUCAGAUUCAGAAAAUAAUGAGGUGUUGGACUUAUCAAAAGUCACCGAGAUGAGGCUUGUCCCUUCAGAUCCCAGCCAAUUGGAUAAUCUGUUUCAGAUAUUUUGUGAGUGUGCUGAGCUAAAUCCUGAACCGGUUGAUGAGGAUGAUGAAGAAGGGAACAAUUGGGUUUUUAGUACUGAUCAGAUGGCAAAUGAUGCUGCAGAUGAGGAAGAUUCUGAAUGGCAUUUCUCCCAAAAUCCUACAAGCUCAAUUGGUCAUUCAAAUGGGGAUCAUGACGUAGCACGCAGAGUGCUUGAGCUUCAAAUCAAUGAUCAACGGUUUGAAGAUCCAGAAGAGACGGAACAGGACAGUGACAGUGGCCAUUAGCGAGCCUCCAUUUUUUGUGGCUUGAAACGGUUCAACCGCUGCCCAUGUUCAUUAAUUGUGCUGCAUGUGUAAAUUUUUAUUUUAUCUAAAUGUUCAAUGGGUGGCAAAACCAUUGUCUUGUUGUGUAGCCUGGCUUCUGACAUUUUUAUAUGUUGGUUUCAUCAGACUUCUAAUGUAGAAUUAAACAAGUACUUGGGGAAAUACACUCUUCUUAUCAACGUUCAAACCAAA